AAAGAACUUGUAGAGACAGGUCCCAGGUAGAUCCACCCAAGAUUUUUGAGAGAAGGAAUUCCUUCAUGAAACUUUCUCAGACCUUCCAAGUAUAGGAAGAAACCAUCUGCUUCUCCAUUCAACACCUGAUACCAUGUGCCGAGGAGGUGCCCCGUGAAUGAACAGAAGACUUCUUUACAACAUGAUUCACAGAGACAAUGUAAGUCUUCUUCUCUGCAGACUGAAGUUUGUGACUCUUCUAGUUGCUCUAAGCCCAGAACUCGUAUUCCUGGAAGCCGGAGUACAGCUUCAAGACAAUGGAUAUGAUGGAUUACUCGUUGCAAUUAAUCCACAUGUACCUGAGAAUCAGAAUCUCAUCCCAAACAUUAAGGAAAUGGUAACUGAGGCUUCUUUUUACCUGUUCAAUGCUACCAAGAGAAGAUUGUUUUUCAGAAAUAUACUGAUUUUAAUACCUGCCACAUGGAAAGCGAAUAAUUACAGCAAAAUAAGACAAGAAUCAUAUGAAAAGGCUAAUGUCAUAGUGACUGAUUGGAAUGGAGUAAGUGGAGAUGAUCCAUAUACCCUACAAUACAGAGGAUGUGGGAGAGAGGGAAAAUACAUUCAUUUCACAUCUAAUUUCCUACUGAAUGAUGACUUGACAACUGGCUAUGGAUCACGGGGCAGGGUGUUUGUUCAUGAAUGGGCCCAUCUCCGUUGGGGCAUGUUUGAUGAAUAUAACAACGACCAACCUUUCUACUUAGAUGGCCAAAAUAAAAUUAAAACAACAAGAUGUUCAUCAGACAUCACAGGCACUUUUGUAUGUGAAAAAGGCCCGUGCCCACAGGAAAACUGUAUUAUCAGUAAGCUUUUCAAAGAAGGAUGCAUGUUCCUCUAUGAUAGCACCCAAAAUGCAACUGCAUCAAUAAUGUUCAUGCAAAGCUUAUCCUCUGUAGUUGAAUUCUGUAAUGCAAGUACCCACAACCAAGAAGCUCCAAACCUACAGAACCAAAUGUGCAACCUGAGAAGUGCAUGGGACAUACUCACGGAUUCAUCUGACUUUAGUCACAGUCUUCCCAUGAACGGGACUGAGCUUCCACCUCCUCCCACAUUCUCUGUUGUCCAGGCUGGUGACAAAGUGGUCUGUUUAGUGCUGGAUGUGUCUAGCAAGAUGGCAGAGGCUGACAGACUUCUUCGACUGCAACAAGCAGCUGAAUUCUACUUGAUGCAGAUUGUUGAAAUUCAUACUUUUGUGGGCAUUGUCAGUUUCGAUAGCAAAGGACAGAUCAGAGCGCAGUUACAUCAAAUUAACAGCAAUGAUGACCGAAAGUUGCUAGUUUCGUAUCUGCCUAUUACUGCAUCAGCUGAAGCAGAAACCAGCAUCUGUUCAGGCCUUAAAAAAGGAUUUGAGGUGGUUGAAAAGCUGAACGGAAAAGCUUCUGGCUCUGUGAUGAUUUUAGUGACCAGCGGGGGUGAUGACCAUGUCAGUGACUGCCUGCCCACUGUGCUCAGCAGCGGUGCAACUGUUCAUUCCAUUGCCCUGGGGUCCUCUGAGGCUGAAAAAGUGGAGGAAUUAUCACAUCGUACAGGUGGUUUAAAGUUCUAUGUACCAGAUAAAUCAAAUUCUAAUAGUAUGGUUGAUGCUUUCAGUAGAAUUUCUUCAGGUACUGGAGACAUCUUUCAGCAAAGCAUUCAGCUUGAAAGUAUGAGUGAAAAUGUUAAACCGCACCAUCUACUGAAAAACACCGUUACCGUGGACAACAGUGUGGGAAAUGACACUACUUUCCUAGUCACAUGGCAGAGCAGUGGUCCUCCUGAGAUUGUCUUAUUGGAUCCGACUGGAAGAAAAUACUGCACAACUAAUUUUACCACCAGUCUCGCAUCUCGGACAGCUAGUCUUUAUAUUCCAGGAACUGCCAAGCCUGGGCACUGGGUUUAUUCCCUGAACAAUACCCACCAUUCUCCUCAAGUCCUGACGGUGACAGUGGCCUCCCGCGCCUCUCGCUCUGCUGUGCCCCCAACCACUGUGGAAGUCUUUGUGGAAAAAGACAGCACCCGUUUUCCUGAUCCUGUGACAAUUUAUGCAAAUGUGAGGAAGGGGUUGUAUCCCAUUCUUAAUGCGACUGUCACUGCUGUCAUCGAGCCAGAGACUGCAGAUCCUGUUACACUGAAACUUUUCGAUGACGGAGCAGGUGCAGAUGUUAUUAAAAAUGAUGGAAUUUACUCGAGGUAUUUUUUCUCCUUUGCUGUAAAUGGUAGAUAUAGCUUGAAAGUGCAUGUCAGUCGCUCUCCCAGCAUAAGCACCCUAGCCCACUCCGUCGCAGGAAGUCAUGCUAUGUAUGUACCAGGUUACAUAGCAAAUGGCAACAUUCAGAUGAAUGCUCCAAGGAAAUCAGCACACAUAAUUGAGGAAGAGCAAAAGUGGGGGUUUAGCAGAAUAAGCUCAGGAGGCUCCUUUUCAGUGCAAGGAGUUCCAGAUGGCUCCCAUCCUGACAUCUUCCCACCAUGCAAAAUUAUUGAUCUGAAAGCUGUAAAAGUGGAAGAGAAAGUGACUCUAUCUUGGACAGCACCUGGAGAAGACUUUGAUCAGGGCCAGGCUACAAGUUAUGAAAUAAGAAUAAGCAAAAGCCUACAGAGUAUUCAAGAUGACUUUAACAAUGCCAUUUUGGUGAAUACGUCAAAGCUAAAUCCUCAGCCGGCUGGCACCAGAGAAAUAUUUACAUUCUUACCCAGAUUUUUUACAAAUGAACCUGAACAUCAACCUGAAAGAGAAACACAAGAAAACCACAGAAUUUAUGUGGCCCUCAGAGCAAUGGAUAGAAACUCUUUAAAGUCUGCUACAUCUAACAUUGCUCAGGUGUCUCUGUCUAGUGCUCCAAACUCUUCUUCUGUACCUGGCAGAGAUCAUCUUAUACUGAAAGGAGUUUUAACAGCAGCGAGUUUGAUAGGAGUCAUUUGUCUUGCUAUAGCUGUAACACAUUAUAUUUUAAACAAGAAAAAGAGUGGCGAGAAAGAGAAUGGGACAAAAUUACUCUGAACACGUGUAAGGAGUACCUUCCUUCUUAGUUUUAAGACCCCUGGCCUUCACACUUUGCAAAAACAUAGCAAUAAAUUGAAAUGAACAUCAAAUUGUA